GAACAAUUGGAGUGAAGUUUUGACACUAAUGCAGCCGAUCCGCAGAGCCGCAUUAUUAAGGCUGUAACCCCAGAUAAAGCAUCUCCAAGGUUCCAAGCUUAAGGUUUCGGAGUUGAAGCAAUCUACAUAAUCAUCCUCGAAGUACAUGAAUCGAAACCCAAAUUCAUACCCACUCGACGUACAUACCAGAACCCAACAAGCACUCGAGAAUUUCGACUUGCGACUCAGGAUUAUCAUGUCUUCUUCACCAGAAGAAAAUCAAACCUCAGCAUUCCGGCCAUUCACAAAAGCCGAGCGUAUUCAGCAACUCAAUGAAAUAGACAAGAGUAUCUUACAACUUGUUCAAACUGCCGGACAAACCCUUAAGAUUCUCACUGCAGCACAAGAACCGGGAGAAUCACAAUCACCACAAGAAAAACGUCAAGCUUUCGAAGAUGCUUCGAAUUCUUAUCUGAAAACUCUACAAUCCGUCGAUGUAAGAUUGCGAAGGCAAAUAUUGGGAUUGGAGGAAGCAGAAAUCAUACCGGCAGAGAAGGUGAAGUCGAAGAAUAAGGGCAAAUCAGUUGCUGAAGUUGUGGAAAGACGAUCAGCAGUUCCAGGAAAUAUGGCAGGAAAUAUGCCGGCAGAUGAUAUUGUUGUGGAAGGAGGAAUGGGAAACCUUGAUAUUGGUUUCUUGAAUAGUCGAAGUGGAAGAGUUGGUAGAGAUAUGGAGGCAGAAUUGUGGGCGAAGAGUAGAAAGUUCCUCGAGGAUUUGGACAAGGGCAAUUAUAAUUCACGUCCAUUAACUCAAAUGAGGGAUGAGGUUGAGAAAUAAAGAAUGGUAGAUGUGGAAUUGGGGUCAUACUCUAUAAAGUUGGACCAUCUUGUAGGACAUGAUGAUACAUUCAUAACGGAAUGAUCUUUUUGCCAUUCAUAGGCUGAAUCUUUAAAGUUUUGGCUAUGCCACCUACCUGCAAUGAUGCACUCACUCA